CUGCGAGAUCAUUGGUCUGGAUUGGAGGUUCCGCUCCCCUUUCGGGAAUUCUCAAAUGCGCUGGCGCAUAGCAUCGCUCGGCACCCCUGAUCGUUGCUUGUUUCAGAUGGUCUCAUGGGUAUCAGAACAUCGCAUCGCUGUGGACGAUCAGAGCUCAGUGCGACUGCGUACACGCGAUCGCCUUUCAACAAGGCCCCGAUUUCACCCUGAUGAAAUCUUUGAUAAUUAGCCAGUGAUACCCCCCAUGAGUACGCAUGAACAACCGUUGGUAUUUUCCUGUUUUUUUCUCCUUUCGAUCUUUCCUCUUUAAACCAUCCAUUCUAUCUAAUUUGUCUGCGACGUGCCUGGUGCCCUUCUUCCGUUCUUUGGGAUAUUGAUCUUUCUCUCUCUUCCGCAUAUUACUGCUGCUGUCGCUCCCUAUCUACAAGUCGAACAAAUAACCAUCUAGUGUAAUUGUUAAAGUGUUUAUAUGACGACUACUACGCACCGUGACGCUCGCUUUCCCAACCGUUCACCCCGAUUCCCUACCGCCAACAUGAUCUCAUCAAGCUUCAUCAUCCUCGGCCUUCGAGCCGCCCAGAUGCUCUUCGCCAUCAUCGUCAUGGGACUUACAGCCUAUGUCGCCCAUUGGUAUAACGUGGACACCUUGACUUCAUCUCCCUCUCAGAUCAACUGGCUGCUAGCCGUAUCUGUCUUCACAAUCAUCUCAGUCUUGUACCUCGAACUAACACCACGAUUCGCACCUAAGCUAUCACACCAACUCGUAGCCGUAGGUCUCGAAGCCUGCAACGCGCUCUUCUACUUCGCAGGUUUCAUCGCUCUCUCUGUGUUCAUGUCGCGACUACUCUUCUGCCGAGGAUCCGUGUGCGGCGCCGCGCAGGCCAGCAUCGCCUUCGGUGCGAUGGAGUUCCUGCUAUGGACCGUAUCCGCCAUCCUUGUGGGAAAGGAGGUGUCGAAGUCGGGUUUAGGACUAUCGCUCCCCCUCCCCAAGUUCCGUCGCAACAAUGGCAGCUCAAAGGGCCCUUUAAGCGUGCCCCCGAUGAAGGAAGCCCCCCAAGCCGCUUAAGCGUGAGUCGCAUGAGCCUGGCUGCCGGCGUCGGUUGGUUGUCCCCCGGGAACACGAGGUAUACCGAUAUCCCGCUGUCACCAUACCGGCCGUCACUCGAUUAUCAAACGGUGCCGGCCCCGGCGGGGAGUUGGGAUAAAGUGUAUUUACACCUAGGCAAGAGCUAGGCUCUCAUCAUCUUCUUCGUCUUCUUCAUCAUCAAUGAACCCGUCCUCAGUCACGGGGGUUACAAAAAAUCUCGGGGGGUAAGGGAACGGUGGUAACGAGCGUGAGAACCGGAUAUCAAGGCUUAGUCUAGAUGACAAGCUGAUUCGGUACAAUUAUCUCGACGAGUUCACGGGAAUGGAGAAGGGCGCAGUUUAGGAGUUUUAUUUGGGUGUGAUACUUUCGAAACAGUAAUAGUUAUACCUUAACUGGAAGAGAGCCGAGUCCAGUAGUGCUCUCUUAUUUCACGAAGGCGGGACGAACUAGAUCCAAUAUACCACCAUUAGUUGUUUGACGUCAAUGCAUCUCUUGUGUCUUUUUUAUCGUGGAUUAGAUAAUUGUUGAAGUUUAAGACGUAAAGCGAUGUCGGCA